AUGUACGCAGCGGCGGGCGGCGCGUCGCUCGCGGGCCGAAAGGCGCGCCAACACGGCCGCCAGCCCGCGCCGCCGAGCCCGCACCCGCACAGCCCGGUCCACCCCGCGCCCACCGGCGUCCGCGCCUACUCCUGCCAGCACUGGGAGUCGCGGCUCCUCGCGCCCCCGCCCCGUACCCUCUCCGCCCUCGAGCCGCAGUCGCCAUGCGACGUCGUCGAGUGCGCAGCUGGGCGGGCGGCCUGGCAGGAGGCGGCGGCGCUGUCGGUGGGCGGCGGCGGCGCCGGCGCGGGCGGCGCGGCCCGCCGCUGCUCCGUGCUCGGCGACCACCCCGGCGCGAGGCGAGACCCACGCGGCAAGUGGCACCGAACCAAUCGGGUCCGAGAUGCAUCAUACGGUUCAUCGUCGGACUCAGAGGGAGAGGGGGAGGGCGCGAUCGGCGAGCCCUGGGGGGUCGCACGACUCCUGUACGCUGGACUCGCGAUACUCGCUCUUGGCCUCGUUGUGUAUUUCGUCGGAACUGGAGACAAGGGUUUCAAGACACCUGCACUUCGACUCGUGGGUCCAUCACUCAUCGUGGCGGGCCUUGCGUGCUGCUUGCUACGUAUUAUGUUCUGUAUAUUUGCCAAGCCUUGCUGCAGACGAAGGACCAACCACAAGGAGAGCAGAAGACUGUCCGGUUGCGUGGAAGGCGAAGAGAUGCCACUGGCGAGGUGCGGGAGCGCGCGAGCCGGCCCGGCGCAGUGCUCGCCCGCGAGGCGCCUCGACACGUCCUCCUGCGACGUGUCGAGCCUCUCCAGCGGAGAGGAAGACGAGCGUCUCCGAAGGUACCGCACGGCCAGCGCGACCACUACACAUCUACAACCGCAAACGGUGCAUGUGCAGCCGCCGAAGCCGCCCCCGCCGCAGCCGGCGGCGGGCCCGUCCGCGCCGCCCGGCGGCAAGCGGCCGCCGCCGCGCACCGUGUCGUUCGCGGGCGCGGCCGACGGCGAGCUCGUGCUCAGCCCCGCGCAGUUGCGCUCCUAA